AUGUUUGUCUGCUUCGGUGUAGAAAUCUGCGUUGAUCUUAUUCUAGUGGAGCCAUGGUCAUUGUGUUUCG